AUGACGACUCUGCCCCGGCCCGCCUUACCAUUGGUCGCAGAGGCGGAAGGGGUGGGGCGCCAGGUCUGGGAGGCCCGCCCCCUACGGUGCAGCGGAGGCAGCAAGAUGGCCGCAGCGGAGGGGGACUGUGGGGUCGGGGCCGACGCGGACCGGGAGCUGGAAGAGCUUCUGGAGAGUGCUCUGGAUGACUUCGACAAGGCCAGACCCUCGCCAGCACCCCCUCCUGCCACCACGGCCCCUGAUGCCUCAGGGCCCCAGAAGAGAACGCCAGGAGACACUGCCAAAGAUGCCCUCUUCGCCUCCCAAGAGAAGUUUUUCCAGGAACUAUUCGACAGCGAGCUGGCUUCCCAAGCCACUGCAGAGUUCGAGAAGGCAAUGAAGGAGUUGGCUGAGGAAGAGCCCCACCUGGUGGAGCAGUUCCAGAAGCUCUCCGAGGCUGCUGGAAGAGUGGGUAGUGAUGCAACUUCCCAACAAGAAUUCACUUCUUGCCUAAAGGAGACACUAAGUGGACUGGCCAAAAAUGCCACUGAUCUUCAGAACUCGGGUAUGUCAGAAGAGGAGCUGACCAAGGCCAUGGAAGGACUGGGCAUGGAUGAAGGGGAUGGUGAAGGAAACAUCCUCCCCAUCAUGCAGAGCAUCAUGCAGAACCUACUGUCCAAGGAUGUGCUGUACCCUUCACUGAAGGAGAUCACAGAAAAGUAUCCAGAAUGGCUGCAGAGUCACCGGGAAUCUCUACCUCCAGAACAGUUUGGAAAAUAUCAGGAACAGCACAAUGUCAUGGGCAAGAUAUGUGAGCAGUUUGAAGCAGAGACCCCCACAGACAGUGAGGCCACUCAGAAGGCUCGUUUUGAGACAGUGCUGGAUCUUAUGCAGCAGCUACAGGAUUUGGGCCAUCCUCCAAAAGAGCUGGCUGGGGAGAUGCCUCCUGGCCUCAACUUUGACGUGGAUGCCCUCAAUCUAUCAGGCCCACCAGGUGCCAAUGGCGAACAGUGUCUGAUCAUGUGA